GCACCCGCCUACCAUCUUAUUUUGGAAGGAAUCCUAAUACUCUGGAUAAUCAGACUUCUUUUCUCUAAAACUUAUAAAUUACAAGAACGAUCUGAUCUUACACUCAAGGAAAAGGAGGAGUUGAUUGAAGAAUGGCAGCCAGAACCUCUUGUUCCUCCUGUCUCAAAAGACCAUCCUGCUCUCAAUUACAACAUUAUUUCAGGCACAACAUUGUGGUGAACGGAAAAAAGUGCAUCAACUUUGCCUCCUUUAAUUUCCUUGGAUUGUUGGAUAACCCCAGGGUUAAGGCAGCAGCCUUAGCGUCUCUGAAGAAGUAUGGCGUGGGAACUUGCGGACCCAGAGGAUUUUAUGGCACAUUUGAUGUUCAUUUGGAUCUGGAAGAUCGCUUGGCCCAGUUUAUGAAGACAGAAGAAGCCAUCAUAUACUCGUACGGCUUUGCCACCAUAGCCAGUGCCAUUCCUGCCUACUCUAAGAGAGGGGACAUUGUCUUUGUAGAUAGAGCAGCUUGCUUUGCUAUUCAGAAAGGAUUACAGGCAUCACGCAGUGACAUUAAGAUAUUUAAUCAUAAUGACAUGGCUGACCUGGAGCGACUGCUAAAAGAACAAGAGAUCGAAGAUCAAAAGAAUCCUCGCAAGGCUCGUGUAACGCGGCGUUUCAUUGUAGUAGAAGGAUUGUAUAUGAACACCGGUACUAUUUGUCCUCUCCCAGAACUGGUGAAGUUAAAGUACAAGUACAAAGCAAGGAUCUUCCUGGAAGAAAGCCUGUCGUUUGGAGUUCUCGGGAAGCACGGCCGAGGCCUCACUGAGCACUAUGGGAUCAAUAUCGAUGACAUCGACCUCAUCAGUGCCAACAUGGAGAACUCACUGGCUUCCAUUGGUGGCUUCUGCUGCGGCAGGUCUUUCGUAAUUGACCAUCAGCGGCUCUCUGGCCAGGGGUACUGCUUCUCAGCCUCCUUGCCACCUCUUCUCGCUGCUGCUGCGAUUGAGGGCCUCAACAUCAUGGAAGAGAAUCCAGGUAUUUUUGCAGAGUUAAAGGAAAAGUGCAGACAAAUUCAUAAAGCCUUACAAGGCAUCUCUGGAUUAAAGGUGGUAGGAGAGUCCCUUUCUCCGGCAUUCCACCUGCAGCUGGAAGAGAGCACUGGGUCUCGGGAGAAAGAUGUGAACCUGCUUCAGAAGAUUGUAAAUCUAUGCAUGAGCAGAGGCAUUGCGCUGACGCAGGCACGCUAUCUGGACAAAGAAGAGAAGUGGCUCCCCCCUCCCAGCAUCAGGGUCGUGGUCACUGUGGAACAGACAGAGGAAGAACUGGAGAAAGCUGCGUCCACCAUCAAGGCUGUGGCCCAGGAGGUGCUGCUCUAGGCCGGCCCCAGGGCCUCUUGGCCUCCUGCACACGACACGCAGCUUCUCAGGCCCCCACUGGCCAGGCGUGGCCAGAGGAGGGCUGGGGGACCGUGACGAACCUGUUACCUGGCUGUGCAGAGCGGACCAAGUGCGUGGCCAGGAGAAGGAUGCUUACACUUUUUUAAAAGAAAACACAUUUAAAAGCCCGGGAACAGAUUUUUUAAAGAGGAAAACUAGUGACAGUAUAUAACUGGUGUUUAAAUUGUGCUAUUUAAUAGUGCUAUUUAAAUGUUUUAUUAUACUAGUAUUUUCUAUUCCUUUUUGUUGUCUUUUCAACCGGAGCUUCAGUUUCUCUGUUCUCCCUUCUCAUGGCCGCAUCCUGUACGCACUCCUUGACUCCGAAAUGUCCCGUAGGAACAGGACUUUGCAGCUCUGAGGGAACACCAGCAUAGAGGAAACCAAGUACGUGAUUGAAGCCUCAUUCAGCCCCACGUUUCCCGUCUUCGUCGGGGGAAAGCUAAAUGGUGGCUAAAGGAACGCUUGUGUAGCUGUUGUAAACUUUCCAUUAUAAUAUAUUUGGAUCCUAGAAUUUUUAUAUUUACUAAACAUUAAACACCACUUCUAACCAGAGCAUCCCUACCCAGAAAAUACCUGUUGUAGUUCCGAAAUGAGCAGUAAUUUAAAUCAGAUACUAUUUUAUUUUAAUGCAAUUGAAUUUUACAUUUAUUGUCUGUUGACUUCGAAUCUGUCUUCGGAAGAGGCGUACUGUGUUGAUCCUAAAAAUACAAAUUAUGUCCUUUGUAUUUAGACCAUCUCAAAGAUGUUCCUUUUUUGUAUGGUGGGCUUGCCUUGGGAGGUAUAACUGCAGGCUUUUUCUAAGCUGAGGGGAUAGUUUCUUUUUUCAGUUUAUCGAUCCACAUAUCUAAAAGCAAUGUGAAAGCACUGACAACAUUUUUAAGCCCUCCGUUACCUGUCUCAUGAGCAAGUCAAGCAAUGCCGUCGGGGUCUGUGGCGUGUGCCGCAGUCGCCCCUACAUCCUGCCCCCGUCCCUUUCACGGAGGGGAAGGGAACGAGAAAUAACGUCCUUUUUAUAAUAUAUGUUCAUAUUAACAAAUGGUCUUCACUGUCUUUUUAAAUAACACCUAUUUUUUUAAUGUUCAGUUUCUAUUUUGCUUGAGGUAUUUCGUACAUAUGUGCCUUGUGAUUGCUGCUGCUUUAAAGGAUUCGGUGUUCUUUGGGGGACGAAUCUGUUCUGUUUUGUUUUUUAAUGAAAUAAACCUCCAUCCCUGA